CGUUUAGCCGUCUUGAGCUUGAGAACAGCAACAGACACAGGAGUGCAGAGCAGAGGUGACAGUUCCCCGAACAGCUGAUAAACUGUGACCUCCGAGGGCAGGACUCAUCAUCAUGGCUGCAGCUGCUGCUGUCCUUGCCUCUGCUCCAGCCACCAAAGGCAGCCUGAGAGAGGAUCUGACGUGUCCCAUAUGCUGCGACUUGUUCCGUGAGCCGGUCAUGUUGGGCUGCAUGCACCACUUCUGCAAACCCUGCAUCUCCAGGUACUGGAGAACGACACACGGGCCGGUCACCUGCCCACAAUGCAGAAAGGAGUUCACCUGCAAACAGUUUCAAACCAACUAUCUGGUUGCUGCCAUGGUGGAGAAGGUCAGGGCCACCACCUCACACACUUACAUCCAGAACCUUGAGAAACAACUGAGAGAGACUUUGGAGAACCAUUGCCUGCGGAGGGAGGACUUCGUCAAUAGUAUUCGCAAAGAAAAAGACAAGAUGGAAACAAUAAAGAGACUUGGAGCAGAUCUGCAGGCUCGCGUCAGAGGUGAGUUCGGCGCUCUCCGUCAGAUACUGCACGACGAGGAGACGCGUAUGCUGGAGCAGCUGAGGAGAGAGCAGGAGGAGGAGCUGGAGAAGGUCCAGCACCACCUGGAGGCCUUCAAGCUGGCCAUGAGGGAGGUGGAGGAGAACAUGAGAGUGCUGGAGGAGGCGAGCGCUACCACAGAGAAUAUGGUAUUGACUGAGCUCCCACAGAGACAAUGUCCACAGGUGGAUAGUGCUCCAGAGUUUGACACAAAUGCAUUCAGUAGCAAAUACUUGGCACCUUUGCAGUACAUCACAUGGAGGAAAAUGUUCAAAUCUUUAAAGCCAGGUCUGUCCCCAUUAACGUUUGACGUUGACACAGCGCAUCCGAGCAUCAGAGUCUCCAGGGAUAAAACUGUCGCUGUCGAAUAUGACAGCGUGACGUGGCACACAGACAACAACAAGCGCUUCCUCCAGUGCGUUAACAUUCUGGCGUCUCAGGGCUUCUACUCAGGCCGACACUACUGGGAGGUCGAAGUGGGCUCCAAACCCAAAUGGGACGUGGGCGUGGCCUCAGAAGCCGUAGACAGGCACUCGCGGAUCCAGCUGAGUCCGGAAAGAGGCUACUGGACCCUGCGACUCCGCAACAGGAAUGAGUACUCUGCCGGCACCCAGCCCUGGACAAGGCUGCAGCUCAGCUCUUCCCCUCAGAGGCUCGGUGUGUUCGUAGACUGCGAGGAGAGGUGGGUGUCCUUCUACAAUGCCGACGACAUGAGUCUGAUUUAUACGUACACCAACGGGCCAAGGGGCAAGGCGUUUCCCUUCUUCAGCCCGUGCAUUAGUGGCAGCAGUCAGGAGCCUCAGCCAAUCAGACUCCUCCACUACCCACCUGUCGCAAUGUCCGGCUAACAAUCGAUAAUCAAUGAAAGCUUUUCAGCUUGUAAGAGAAGUCCAUUUAUGUCCAUUGUUUGCAUUAGGCCUAGGGUCAUACUUAUUAGCCAUUUUUGUCCACAGAGAUGUGCUGAUGGUUCCUUUCAUACUAAAAUGAGGAUCUGUAUCAGUCAUCAAGUGUACUUGAUCUCACAGGCUGUUCCAGUAAUGGCAGUUUCUCAACAGCAGUUUGUGUUUUCUUGUCUUCUAUAACUACAGUUCCAUGCACAGUUAAGUUGAGCUGUGUGUUAGCCUCUGUCACGCUAGGUUGUGAUACACCCCCCACCCCCCACCCAGCUUGUUAGCAGGCAGUGUCCGGCUUAGCUGGUCGAGCACUACUCUGAGUCUUCCUACCAUCCGUGAAUUUAGAAGUUUUAGUUCUAUGAGCUGAGGGAGCAUAAAAUUGAUCUCCUCAUUAGCCCCCAAACACUGUACCAGGCUGAAUUUCGCCAUGGUUUCUGUCGUAUGCUUCUGUGCACUGGCUUAUAUUUUUGUCUUGGUCUACACAGGAAGGUGUGAAUUGUAGCAAAUAGACCAGUCCAACCAAACUUCAACUGAACUUCAACUUGCGAAAGUGAAUCAUUGUGGUAAUUGGACUAACAUGUAUUUGAAGUUUGGUUUUAGUGGGAUGAACACUAUUUUUUUGAUUACAUUUUUUUAAUGUCAUGUAAUUGGUGGGUCGAUCAUGUACAGUCAGUUUGUACGAUCACAAAAUGUGAUACGUCUGCGAAUGGUCUGUGUGCACUGCUGUGGACAUAGGCAGUUGACAUAACCAUGUUGUGUCACAUGGAAAGUAUAACCCAGACCAAGAUAACACAAGACUUUUAUCAUUGUAUCAUGUUUUUUUUUUAUCAUAUAUAUAUAUAUGUACUGUGUAUAUAUAUGAAAAAAAAAUCAUUAUACUCUUAUCAUUCUGCUGAAGCAAUGUAAUCAGAAUAAUUCUAUAACAUGUUCUGUAGGCUCACGUGUAAAGUUUUUACAAUCGGCCUGGAGUUUAAUCAGCGAGCAGUAUAAGUGAAUAUAACUUUUCUAUUCUGUUUGAUUCAAUGCUUUUUACUUUAGUUUACAUACAUUUAUAUUGAUGUUUCACGACACUUUAUGAGUUAGAUUUAGCUGCUUCUAUCACACCAUUGCACAUUCAUUUGUAUUCUAUAAAUUACAUGUGCCAAGAACAUGA